AUGUGGUAUUUGCGCUACUGUGGAGUGUUUCGCGAGAAAAGCGCGCUCGGUGGAAUCCGGCUGAGCGUCUGUCUCGGUGUCCUGGUCGUGUUUAUGUUGCUGCAGUCGAUCUACAUAUUCCAGCACGUGCACCACUUCGCCAUGAUCUGCGAUGCCAUACCGACGCUGGUCGUCUGCAUGGUGGCUAUUUCCAAGUUCUACAUCUUCGUUUUCCACCCGGCCGCCCUGUUCGCGCUGAUUGAUUCGUUCAAAGCACUGCAGCAGCGUGCUAGCAGGGAGGACUUGCUGCUGUUCCGGCGCAGCGGGGCGUUUCAUGCGAAGCUGACGAAAAUCUACAUGACAUCGGCACUGAUUGUGGGAUGGUUCUACAUACUAAGUGCCAUCGUCUCAGGAAUCUCGCGGUCGUUGGCGGAAGGACGGGUCCGUUUUGUAGCACCGAUGGCUUUUCCCCACAACUAUCAGCAUCCGCUCAUGUUUGCGUUAACGUUCCUGUUCAACUGUGACUCCAUACACAUGAGCAUCUUCAUUAGCGGAAGUGUCGAUACGUGCUUUUCCGAGCUGGCGACGAGCGUUACGAUCCACUUUCAGCUCAUCCAACGCCAGUUCCAGGCAGUUGACUUUGCGGCUCGUACCGCCGAAGACGAACUGGAGGUCGUCGUGGCGUACCAUAAGGAUGUGCUGCAGUUGUGUCUGGCCAUGACGAACCUCUUCCAGUACACCGUGUUCUACCUAUUGCUGCUAGACUCGGUGCUGCUCUGUGUGAUUGGCUAUCAAUUUGUGAUAUUCAUGAACACGCCGCGUGUCCUUAUGCUGGCGUCGAUGGCGUUCGUUAUGGUUUUACAAGCGGUCAUAUAUUGUUACCACGGUUCCAUGAUGUACGAUGAGAGCUUGAAGGUGGCGGAUGCGAUUUACCAGAGCAAUUGGUGCGAGGCUCCACCGGCGGUACAGAAGCGGCUGCGUUUUUGUAUCAUGCGAGCUCAGAAGCCUAUCGUCACCAAAGGUGGCUUCAUAAAGGCCACCCUGCCCACACUAAAGAAGGUGUGGCUGGGGCACUGA